UGUUCCUGCUAUAUGAACUGCUUUUGGGUUCGAUCCAAACUUUUUCUAGUUGCUGAAAAUUUUUCCACUUUCUGUAACCGAUUUUUGCAGUUGCGUUGUCUAUCCCUCCCUUGAAAUUUCUCUCCUCUGUGAAAUUCCAUUGCUUUCUGAUUCUCCUAGUGCUGUGCCCUCGCAUUGCGUUUUCAAAAUUUUCUUUUGCCAUUAAGUUUUUGAAGUUUCAACUAGCUUGCCAAUAUCUAUUGGGAAAGUGGAUAUUCUUUUUCUUUGAUUGUUUCUGGUUUUCCUUCAGCAAUUGUGGGUGUUGUUUGCUGCAGCAAUGGUUUCGUUAGCAUUGUUUUCUUCAGCUUGUUCCUCAGAUGCAUUUCUGUUUGCUAGUGAUUUUUAUAAUGUGUUUACAAUCUUUUUACUAAUUCCUUUAUUAUUUAUCUAAUAUUUUUUCAUGGUGAAUGAUUUUGCAUAUAUAGAAUUCCAAGUCCUGGAUCUCCAUAAAGGGAAAGCCAAAGCCAAAGCUGGAUUUUGGAUAAAUGGGGUCUUCAAGCUCUAAAAUGGAGGAUGACAAGGCACUGCAAUUGUGCCGUGAAAGGAAGAAGUUUGUUAGGCAAGCACUUGAUGGUCGUUGCUCACUAGCAGCUGCUCAUGUUUCAUAUGUUCAGUCACUGAAAAAUACAGGAACAGCUCUAAGAAAAUUCACUGAACCUGAAGCACCAAAUGAGUCUUCCUUAUACACUUCCACUAAUGCAACACAAGAGCCACUGGCUCUUACUGAGAAGAACCUUUCACAGUUCUCAUUCUCUUCACCAUCUGUGUCACAACGCUUAGAUUCAGCUGAACCUGAAACCUUCUCUCCAACUUCAUCCCCUCCUAGUUCUAGUAAGUUCCAAGCAAAUCAUAUGAAACUCAGCAGUAUUUCUUCCAAAAAAAUUGAAGAAAAAGUUCCCGUACCUGUUAUAGGAACAGUAACAUCAUCAAGUACUCCACAAAAUGCUGCUGGAAUGUCUAAAACAUCAGCAUUUGAAGAUGAUUCUCUUCCAGCUGGAACUCCACAGUGGGAUUUCUUUGGCAUUUUUCAUCCCAUGGACAAAUUUUCUUUCCAAGAAGUGAAGGGCUUGGAGAAUGCUGAUGAUAUAAAACGACUGAGGGAGGAUGAAGGAAUUCCUGAGUUGGAAAACGAUGAAGAUAAGGUUUCAACUCAUAGAAGGGAAGGCUCUCGGGAUUCUGAAGAUGAAUUUGAUGAGGAGCCUGCUGCAGAAACUCUAGUCCAAAGAUUUGAAAAUCUAAAUAGAGCUAAUAAUCAUGUUCAAGCAAAUAUUUUACCUGCCACAACUAAGCAUCUAACAGGGGAUUCAGCUUCUGAAGUUGAGUUAGUAAAUGGGGAGAAGGGAAACUCUCCUAAUUUACCCUCAUUGAAGACAGCACCUAUGGUACCUUUGCUUCCACCUGAAACAAAUAAAUCAAUGGCGAGAGAAAAUCAUAGUGAUAGUGAAAAUAAAGUCGCCCCUAAGAAUUUCUUUGCAAGCAUGAAGGAUAUUGAACUUCUGUUUAUUAAAGCUUCUGAAUCUGGUAAAGAGGUUCCAAGGAUGCUUGAAGCAAAUAAAUUUCACUUUCGUCCAAUAUUCCCAGCAAAAGAGAAUGGUUCCUUGGUAUCCUCGUUUUUUAAGGCAUGUUUCUCAUGUGGGGAAGACCCAAGUCAAGUUCCAGAAGAACCUGCUCAAGACUCGGUUAAGUACUUAACUUGGCAUAGGACGGCAUCAUCUCGAUCCUCUUCAUCUAGAAACCCCUUGGGAGCAAACUCUAUAGAUGAUUUACAGGACCUUACAAACAAUCUCUUUGAUAAUUCCUGUAUGAUCUCCGGAAGCCAUGCAUCAACCUUGGAUAGGCUAUAUGCUUGGGAAAGGAAGCUCUAUGAUGAAGUGAAGGCUAGUGAGAUUGUCAGAAAGGAAUAUGACAUAAAGUGUAAAAUGUUAAGGCACCUGGAAUCAAAGGGACAAAAGGCCUCCACUAUUGAUAAAACGCGUGCUACGGUCAAGAAUCUGCACUCAAGAAUCAGAGUUGCAAUUCACAGGAUAGACUCUAUAUCAACGAGGAUUGAGGAGUUGCGGGACAAAGAGCUUCAGCCACAACUUGAGGAGUUGAUCGAAGGGUUAAAUCGGAUGUGGGAAGUGAUGUAUGAAUGCCACAAGCUUCAGUUUCAGAUCAUGUCAGCAGCAUAUAACAACAGCCAUGCUAGAAUCACCAUGCAUUCUGAAGUACGCAGGCAGAUUACUACCUAUCUUGAAAAUGAACUCCACUUUCUAUCAUCAAGCAUUACCAAGUGGUUUGGAGCUCAGAAAUCCUAUCUGGAGGCUAUAAAUGGAUGGCUUUACAAAUGUGUUCCUCCUCAAAAGAAAUCAUCCAAGAGAAAAAGGAGGCCACAAUCUGAAAUCACGAGAUAUUAUGGCCCUCCAAUAUAUACCACAUGUGAUGUCUGGUUGGAAAAGCUUGGUACAUUACCUGUCAAGGAUGUUGCGGAUUCUAUUAAGAGUUUAGCAGCUGAUACUGCCCGGUUCUUACCGCAUCAAGACAAGAACCAGGGAAAAGGUGCUGAUCCUCAUAUGUCAAUUUGGACAGCUGAUAUUGUUGGUGAAUCAUCAGAUAGUUUAUUGAGAGAUGACACCUCAGAGGACUGGGUUGCAGGUUUUGAUCGAUUUCGAGCAAGCUUGAUUAGAUUUCUUGGUCAAUUAAAUAAUUUGUCUGGUUCUUCUGUCAAAAUGUACAAAGAACUUAGACAAGCCAUUCAGGAUGCUAAGAGUAAUUACCAUCGAUGGAGUUCUCAGUCUCAAAAUGGUAAUUUGAAUUCUCAAUCUCAAGUGGUUUAAUCUAAAAAUAGACAUCCAAAUUCCAAACAAUAAGAAAAGGAUCGCAUGAAACGUUGUUGAGUGGCAGAAUAAUAGCUUUGUGCUGAGCAUACAAGUCCACUGGAUGGAGCAUUUCUGCAUUUGUACAUGAAAGGAUGUAAUAAAGUCAUUACUGAUUUUCCAUACUUAAUUUUUGUUAGUUUAGUCCUUUUAAGAAUAAAUGGGAGCUGAUAGAUUGCUUUGGUGAGGUUGUGACUGGGUGUUACAGAUUCGGUAAGAGCUGUAAGUACAGUUCUGUAGUGAAGAAAUUUGGCUGCAAAUACAGAACUUGUAUAAUGCUAUUUUUUUAAACAAAGG